AUGGGCCACGGUUGGAUCGAUGAGAUUCGCACGUUUUUCCCGACCAUCUGGCUCAUUGCGGCGCCCAUUAUUCUCUGUCCGUUGAUCUUUUUGGGAACGGUAAGCGGGAAUCUAGGCCAGUGAUGAACGACCUGAACUUUCGAUGUUAUUUGUUGGAUUCUAGGCCACGCAAUAAGAUUCUUGGACCAUGAUCAGGUCUAAGUCACUUUUCUAGGCCACUUUUGAAUUAGAUCGGAUCCUAGGCCACGUAAUAUGCGGCCUAAGUGAUUGUUGUCGGAUCCUAGGCCACGGUUAACAUCAAAUGUCUUUUUGCUCUGUGUCGGAUCCUAGGCCACCCCCAAGGUAAGGUUCUAGGCCGAGUACACUACCGGUAGGAAACAGUUUUCGGUCCGUUGACGAGGAUGUCGGAUUCUAGGCCCUGCACGAUAUUGGCCUAGAAAGUUGGAGUUGUCGGAUCCUAGGCCAAAUCUGAUAGUUCUAAGCGCAUAAUUUCAGGCGGGAAAAUGCACGUUCGUGAUCCUGACAAUGUCGUGUUACUGGGUGGCCGAAGUAGUCCCUCUGGCCGUCACCUCGUUCAUUCCCAUGAUCGCCCUGCCCUUUCUCGGCGUUUCCAGCAUCAAGAACGUCGCGCCCAAGUACUUUGCGGUCAGUCGGAACUCAAAGUGAUAUAUCUCAGCUGCGGGCGGAGAUAUCGAAAAGAUGUCAACUAACAAAAUGUUAAAUGUUUAUUGAGAAAUUGUGCACCUUUUAUCAGUUGACAACUUUUUGAUAUCUCCACUGGCAGCUGAGAUAGAUCGUUUUGAAUGAACGGUAUUCGGAUUCCCUUUGAUACCAAGCUUUACGGUACCUUGGGAUCCAGGGGAAUGGUUGCAAAGUGUCCGGUUGCGAAACUGUCUCGAGCGCAUUUUCAGGACACGAACAUAGUGUUCUUCAACAGUCUGAUGCUUUCGCUGGCCGUCGAAGAAUGCCAACUUCACAAGCGAAUCGCCCUCAAAAUGCUCACUUACGUCGGAACUCGACCGCAUUGGUACGUCUUUUCUAGGCAAAAUGUGAAGACUCCAAAGUACUGACAAUAUUUUCAGGUUAAUGGCCGGCUUCAUGAUUAUCACCAGCUUUAUGUAAGUUUUCCUAAAACGAUUUUUUUUGGAUUUUUGAAACAUCAUAAUUAAAUUCUAGAAAGUUCUACAAACUCCAGCUUUGGCUUAAAAUGACCAAAGUCAUCUUACGAAUACAGGAAAAGUAUAGAAAUUAGUGAAAAAAAUCUAGAAAUCGAGCACAGCUCAAAGUUUUUCGCCCAUAGGAAUAGGCAGGAUUUACGGUACCUUUCCGUACAUGCCAAGCAGUCUAUGACUGAGAUAUUGCUCUAGAAUUGUUUUCGGCAAAUUAUACACACCCAAUACGUCAUUUUCUCAGUUGACAACUUUUUCGUACAACAUCUCAGAAAACGGUUAUGACUCUUGAAAGUUCACCGACAAAAAACCACAAACAUAUUUUAAACUCAACUUUAGUGUCCCAUAACUUUACGAAAAAAAGUCGUACAAAACAGUUGUCAAGAGGAAAAAUGAAGUUUCAGAUGUGUAGAACACACACACAAAUAGUUUGCAGCUCUCUGUGGAUCUCGGACACCGCGUGUUGUGCUCUGAUGGCUCCGAUCGCGUACGCUUUGCUGGAAGAGAUAAUGAUUCCGAAGAUGAAGAAAAACGAGGAUAAACUGACGGAAAUUGAGUUGGACGGGGGCUUGGAAGCGGUCGAGGACCACAAAUUGGACACUUCGAAGCUGUCCGAACGGGACCGAGGUGUGUCAAAUGGCCGAGUCGGAUUCUAGGCCACGGAGAAGUUCUUGCAGGAAUCUGCAAGUGCAUGAUGCUCCUCGUGGCUCAUGCUUCGUUGAUCGGCGGCACCGGGACGAUCAACUCGACGGGACCCAACUUGAUUUUCAGAGAUGUCCUCGAAAAGUCUCAAAAUGCUACCGUAGCCCCGUUUCCCAACCUUAAUGUUCCAGAAACUUCCCGAACGAAGACACGGGAAUCUCGUACUUGUCGUGGAUGGCAUUUGCGAUUCCGCCGAUGGUCUUCUACAUGUUCUCCUCAUGGUUCAUCGUCCAACUGCAAUUUCUCGGCCCCCGUCAUCUCAUGAGCAUAUUCCGGAAGCCGACGGAAGAGGAGAGACACGAAGAGGAAGUGGCGAGGAGAGCCGUCUGGAAGAGCUACGAUCAGUUGGGACCCAUGACGUGAGUGUCUCACUUUUGAGCGACUGAAACAGUUUCAACACGGUAAAAAGUUGCAAUUUAAUUUCGUUUUAGCUGAAAACUGACUUCUAUGGGUCCGAUCACAUAACAAAGACUGUUUUUGAACCAUUUUAUGAUCGAUGAUCACUCCAUUGAUCGUAUUUUUCAAAUAUUUCCUUUUUGAGUUGGGCCGAAAAGAGCACAUUGACGAUCUUCCUGCUGGCGGUCCUCUCGUGGAUCUCCUCGGAUCCGAAGGUCGUUCCCGGUUGGUCGGACCUCUUCCGAAAAGGAUACGUCACCGACUCGUGCUCCGGCCUCGUCGCCGUCUUUUUGCUCUUCGUCUGGCCGAAACAGAAGCCUGACUUUAGAAUUUUCAGAAAAAGUUGGAAAUCGACCGUGUCGUCCUUCUGAAAAUGAUUUUCAGACAAAGACCGUCGGUCGGUCCGUCAGGAGCCUCUGAUCGACUGGGACUGUGUCCGCCGGCGGUUUCCCUGGUCGAUCAUCUUGCUGCUCGGAGCCGGUUUCGCCAUUUCCGACGCGGUCAAGGUAUGAAUGGAAGAGAGAAACAGCUAGGCCACUCUCAUUUUUUCAGUCGAGCGGUCUAUCAAAUCUGAUCGCGUGCCAGUUGAACAACACCAUUUCCUCGCUUCCAUUGUUCGGAAUGCAAGUGAUCCUCUCGAUUGUCGUCGUCGUGAUGACCGAGUUUUCGACGAACUCGGCCACCGCCUCCAUCUUCAUUCCGAUCUCGUUCACGAUGGCCGAGGGCGUCCACGCCCACCCACUCUACUUCUCGAUUCCCACCGCCAUCGGACCCUCCUUCUCGUUCAUGCUUCCGAUGGCGACGCCGGCGAAUGCGAUCGUUUAUGAGACGAGAACGAUUCGGAUGAUCGAUAUGGUACUGUUUGCCGCAUUUCGCCGGCUCCUCACGUACUAGACAUGCUCAGUGUGCCUUACCGAAAGGGUUUCGGUAAAUUUACCGGUAAAAAUUUCGGUAAAACUUUUUUUUACCGAAAGAGUUUCGGUAAAUUUUCGAAACAAUUUACCGAAAAUUUACCGAAAACGUACCGAUAAAUUUACCGAAACUAUUUCGGUAAAAGUUUCGGUAAAUUUUAUCGGUAAAUGGGUACUUUUUCGAAACAAUUUUCAAUUUUUUUCGAAUGAGGAACUUUGGGGACACAUUAAAUGCGAAACUCGUUGCAUAGCAUUAUAAAAAAAAUUUAAAAUGUAAAAAAAUUUAAAAUUUAAAAUUUAAAAAAACAAAAAAAAAUUAUUAAAAAUGUAAAACAAAAAAACAUGUUUUAACAUUUUUUUCUCCGCUUUCAAAAUUGUUCUUUCGGUAAUUGUCGAAAGGAACGAUUUACCGAUAAAUUUACCGAAACUCUUUCGGUAAAAACGUUUUUACCGAAAAUUUACCGAAAAUUUACCGAAAUUCACUUCUUUCGGUAAAAAAAAUUUCGGUAAGGCACACUGGACAUGCUUUACAACAAUAUUCGUUAAUCGGUAGAUCCCUUCAAAUGACGUGGCACUCCGUAUUCCGUCUGCUGCCCCGAGCACUUUCUCAGUCUGUAUAACAGUGUGUCACCCAAGUACCGUCAUAAAAUAGGACCCAAGUGGUCCCGUCUCAAAUAGCACGUCAUCCGCCAACUGGCCGAAGACGACAGUAGCAGAAAAAAAGGAGGGGGGUGUAACAGGAGUCGGUUAUGGAUAUUGCGCAAUUUGAGAAAAGAGCACUUGAAAGUGAGCACUGUUUAGAUUAGCCGAGACGUUUCGCAACUAUCCUUUACGAAACCUCAAUUAGACACUACUUGGCCACCGAGAAAACUUGGGAAUGUCUUCGUUUCUUGCAGGUCUCGUGCGGCAUUCUGCUCAACAUUCUGUGCAUUGUGAUCACGGUGAUCAACAUGAACACGUGGGCGUACUGGCUCUUCAACAUGGGCACCUACCCCGAAUACGCCCUCCGACACGCCUCAAACAUCACCGCCGACUCUUCGCAAUGCUUCUAG